GGAAGCUUCCCCGUAAAACCGAGCGUCUCUGUCAUGCUUAUCUAGAUAUAUAAGGAGAGUCAGGUCCCGCCUGUUCUCUGUAAGGCACCAAAAUACUUCUUUACUUCGUCAGUACUUCCACAUACGUUCUCGUACCUACACUCCUAUCAUGUCUUCUCGAUACGCUGCAGCUUAUGAGCACCCGAAUGGCCCAGGAGAUGCGCGCCCGACGGCCGAACAAAUUGUCCAACACGAAGGUCUCGUGGGAAAGUGGACAGACAAGGUGAUCUUGAUCACGGGCUGCUCUUCGGGCAUCGGAGUCGAGACAGCUAAGGCGUUAUCGAAGACCGGGGCAAAACUAUAUCUGACAGCACGAAGUCUCGAAAAGGCACAAAAGGCCCUCGGAGAGCUCGCAGAGUCUCCGAAUGUCCAUCUCUUACAGCUUGACCAGGAGUCUCUGGACAGCGUUCGGGUUUGUGCUUCUGCGUUCCUAGCUCAUAAUGACCGAUUGCACCUCUUGAUUGCAAAUGCGGGUGUCAUGAUGACUCGCAAAGAACGCACGAAGGACGGGUUCGAGCUUCAAUUUGGAGUUAAUCACCUGGCGCAUUUUCUCUUGAUCAAUCUCCUUAUGCCAGCUCUCCUUGCAGCAUCUACACCAUCAUUUCAAUCAAGGGUAGUGAUUCUGUCCUCGACUGGUCACAAAUUCUCCUCUGUCAAUUUCGAGAACAUCAAUUUCGACGGUGAAUUUGACGCCAUGAAGGCAUACGGGCAGAGCAAAACAGCAAAUCUGUGGACUGCAAACGAGAUCGAGAGGCGAUAUGGAUCUAAUGGACUCCAUGCCUUCAGCGUUCACCCGGGAGCAGUUACAACGAACCUGGGCCAGCAUAUGUCAGAGGAGGAGAUCCAGGCCAUAACCCAGGACCCAGAUCUCAUGGCCAGCUACAUGAACCCAGCACAGGGUGCUGCUACUAGUGUGUGGGCGGCUGUGUCGAAGGAUCUCGAAGGCCAAGGGGGGAAGUACCUUGAAAACUGCCAGAUUUCAACUCCACACGACGCAGCAGGUGGAUUCUGGGCUCCAGGCUAUGGCCCGCAUGCUUUUGAUGCGGCCGGUGCCACACAUCUGUGGAAUGCUUCAUUGAAAUAUGUUUCACUCGAAUGAUCAAUGCUUGCAUGUGUUUUAGUUGUUCGGAGUUACUCCACUCGAUCACGUAGUGAAUACAGGCUAGUGUUUGACUAGUAUGUAUUGAAAAUCAAUACUUUUG